AUGUCUGCAUUUAGAUCAAUUCAACGUUCAAGCAACGUAGCCAAAAGCACUUUCAAAAACAGUAUCAGAACAUAUGCCUCUGCUGAACCAACUUUAAAACAAAGAUUGGAAGAAAUCUUGCCAGCCAAAGCUGAAGAAGUCAAACAAUUCAAAAAAGAACACGGUAAAACUGUCAUUGGUGAAGUUUUAUUGGAACAAGCUUACGGUGGUAUGAGAGGUAUCAAAGGUUUAGUUUGGGAAGGUUCUGUUUUGGACCCAAUUGAAGGUAUCCGUUUCAGAGGAAGAACCAUCCCAGACAUUCAAAAAGAAUUACCAAAAGCACCAGGUGGCGAAGAACCAUUACCAGAAGCUCUUUUCUGGUUAUUGUUAACCGGUGAAGUUCCAACUGAAGCUCAAACCAAGGCUUUAUCCGAAGAAUUUGCCGCUAGAUCAGCAUUACCAAAGCACGUUGAAGAAUUAAUCGACAGAUCUCCAUCUCACUUGCACCCAAUGGCUCAAUUUUCAAUUGCCGUUACUGCUUUAGAAUCUGAAUCCCAAUUUGCCCAAGCUUAUGCUAAGGGUGUCAACAAAUCUGAAUACUGGAAACACACUUACGAAGAUUCCAUUGAUUUGUUAGCUAAAUUGCCAACCAUUGCUGCUAAGAUUUACAGAAACGUUUUCCACGAUGGUAAAUUACCAGCUGCCAUUGAUCCUAAAUUGGAUUACGGUGCUAACUUGGCCAGCUUGUUAGGUUUUGGUGACAACAAGGAAUUUGUUGAAUUAAUGAGAUUGUACCUUACCAUCCACUCCGACCACGAAGGUGGUAACGUCUCUGCUCACACCACCCACUUGGUUGGUUCAGCUUUGUCUUCUCCAUUCUUGUCCUUGGCUGCUGGUUUGAAUGGUUUAGCUGGUCCAUUGCACGGUAGAGCUAACCAAGAAGUUUUGGAAUGGUUGUUUAAAUUAAGAGAAGAAUUAAACGGUGACUACUCCAAGGAAGCCAUUGAAAAAUACUUGUGGGAAACUUUGAACUCUGGUAGAGUUGUCCCAGGUUAUGGUCACGCUGUCUUGAGAAAGACCGAUCCAAGAUACACUGCUCAAAGAGAAUUUGCUCUUAAACACAUGCCAGACUACGAAUUGUUCAAAUUGGUUUCAAACAUUUACGAAGUUGCUCCAGGUGUUUUGACCAAACACGGGAAGACCAAGAACCCAUGGCCAAAUGUCGAUUCCCACUCUGGUGUCUUGUUACAAUACUACGGUUUGACUGAACAAUCUUUCUACACUGUCUUGUUUGGUGUUUCCAGAGCAUUUGGUGUCUUGCCACAAUUGAUCUUGGACCGUGGUAUCGGUAUGCCAAUUGAAAGACCAAAAUCUUUCUCCACCGAAAAAUACAUUGAAUUGGUCAAAAACAUCAACAAAGCUUAA